GCCCUUUAGGCGACUGUUGUUGUGAUUUUCCAGUGUAUAAAUAAAACAGAAUUUAAUUGAAAUUGUAAAUAUUUGGCUUGCCUAUGUGGGCAGCUAUAAAACUUCAGCAGAGCUUGAAGCUGUUGAUUUUGGAGCAGUGAGACGGUGACGCUGGUGUUCCAACAGUUUGUAGUUCAUGGGAGCUUGAGCUUUGGUGGUUCCUGGGUGUGAGCUUGGUGGACGGGCCCAGGUAGGAGAAUGAUUAAAUCACAACUCCAAGAGGCAUUUUGAAAGUGAAGCACAUUUAUUUUUCCAACAGACGACAAGACAAACACUUCUGGCCAUCAGCCUCCACAGACAGAUUCCAACACAACUCAGCCCCAACAACACCAGCACCACACUAAGACCACAUGUGCUUUAAUACUAUUGGGAAAACACCAUAAGAAGUUUCUUAUACCCACAAAAAUAAAUACAUAUAUAAUAAUAUACUUAUAUAAAACCAGUUAAUAACUAUUUGCAACCUCCAUCCAUAUUUAUACCUCCCUAAUGCCCAAUCCCCAUUCUGUACAUUAAAUUAACUUGUUGCCAAGAGGUGUGGUCAAAUAUCCAGUCAGAUUUAUGCCAGAAGCUUGUUGAUGGCUACCAAAAGAGUCUGGACAAAUUACAACUUGCUAAGGGACAUUUAACUAAGUAUUAAAUGGGCUAUAUGUCAUCAUUGAAGACACUGAUUUCUGUAUAUUGUGUACAUUGCACACUUUUUAAACCUGUUGUGGUGUUGUAUCAAACCUUAAUUUCUUUGUUUUGUGAUACAUGCUGAACCUCUGUUGUUGGUUUGUUUGCUUUUGUGUGGUCAUUGGCCUUUUUCUGUAGCUAUGUUUAUUAAAGGUUGGAAUACUACUAUGAAUCAACAUACUAUGAAUCAUAGUAUGUUGACAUGCCUGGGUGUAUUUGCAGCCAAGCCCUCUUUAAGUUAUAGUGAAUGAAUAGAAAGCAUAACCUUCCAGUCACGUUUCUUUCAGAGAGCCUUGAACUAGUUUGAAGCCGACAUGGAGAGUGACUCUGAAACACACAGUGGUGAAGAUACUACUCCAGAUGACUGGAUGGAAUUGGCUGAUGACAGUCCUGCUCACAGUCCUGCUGCCUCACAGAAACCCUCAGACAAAGAGGAUUUUAAACUGUCCCUGAUCACCUGGAAUGUGGAAGGGAUUAAUGGGGAAAAACUUCCAGAGCGUGCCAGAGGCCUGGUUAAAUAUUUAAAUGUAUACAACCCUGAUGUGGUGUUCCUGCAGGAGCUCAUUGACCCUUAUGUCCAGUUCUUAAAGAAACGGUUUGAGAGCUACCUGAUGAUUGAAGGUGCUGAGGAAGGUUACUUUACAGGGAUGUUGCUGAAAAAGUCACGAGUCACAUUGGUGGAGAGUGAGAUAGUACCUUAUCGCACCACUAAGAUGAUGAGGAACCUGCUUGUCGCUCAGGUGAUCGUUGACGGCCAGAAGCUGUGCCUGAUGACAUCCCACCUUGAGAGCGGUAAGGCAUGUUCUAAAGAGCGUAUGAAUCAGCUGCAUGUGGUGAAGUGGAGGUUUAAACGUGCACCUGAUGACGUCACCGUCGUGUUUGGGGGAGACACAAACCUGAGGGAUGCGGAGGUGACCAAGGUGGGCCUGCCUGCAACUGUCUGUGAUGUGUGGGAGCGACUGGGCAAGCAGGAGCACUGCCGCUACACAUGGGACACCACUACUAACACCAACAAAACUUUACCCUUUGUCGCUCGCUGUCGCUUUGACAGAAUCUACCUCCGCCCGGCUAUCAAACGUGGAGUCCCUCGUCUGGCCCCUGAUCACAUGGCCUUGGUGGGGCUGGAGAAGCUGGACUGUGGCCGCUACACUAGUGAUCACUGGGGAAUCUACUGCACCUUCUCAGCUGAGUAGAACUACACAAAACAACCAGAAACAUGACAGUUAAUCAUUUUACUUUAGAUCAGCUGCUCUUGAAAUUACUGUAACACUAUGCAGGAAGAUGUUCUUAUUGCCUGUAAAUUAUUUAUCCUUAUUUAAUCAGUUCAAUUUCAUUUAUCCUCUAAUGUGUGUCUGCUUAAGUGUCUUAUGUGGUUAAAAUGACAAAAAUAUGAA